AGUUUUACUCUGAAACGCAGAUAUUUUAUCACUUUCACGAACACAAGUUGUUUUCGUAUCCUCCGCUCGACGACAUCUCACAGAAAAAGUGUCGUGUGGUACUUGGCAAGUUGUUAGCUCGCUGUUAGCCUGUGACGUUGUUAGCUAAAACAACUCGACCACAUCGGGUGUUUUACCGCCUGUUUUAUGUUUUCUUCACUCCAAAAACAUGUUGGACGGAACUAUUGCGAACGGUGACCCAGCCAAUAGAGGAAAUAUUGAAAACAACAACCCGAUACAGAGCUGUAAAACGAAGCAGGCGCUGCUGAAGAAAGGAGGGAGGAAGUCGGUGCACCAUCACCAGAAAGCCCCGAGACACUGUCCUAACAUCCGGCUGUCGGACCACAACAACAACACCCUGACGGCCUCCUCAGGGCACAGAACCUCGGCUCAGUCCGCGGCUCACCUACCUGGAGGGAACCAGGCGGUGCUGAACCACCAUCAUGUCCGACAAGGAGCCAAGAAGGAGGUGCUGAAGUCUAAAUCUGUUCAGCCUCCCAGACAUCUCCCCAGACAUGAUCAAAUCCCACACAAUGUGAACACCAGGAGCCACAAACCCAAGCAGAGCCAGUCGCCCGCCGGCUCCCCCUCCGCAAAAAAGCACAACAACUGCACUCCUAAAAAGCCCCUCAACGUCUCAAACAACAUGACCAUCCCGGCCAGUCCCUCUGCUGAUGCAGAUUACCUCCAAGAUUGUGAAAAGAUCUACGCUGGAGCCAAGUUCAGCGAGCCGCCAUCACCCAGUGUCUUACCCAAACCUCCCAGCCACUGGGUGGGAGUAAAAGAGCCGCAGCAGAUCAACCAAAGCAGGGAGCAAAUUACCAUUCACCUGAAAUCGCUGCUAAAAGUUCAGGAUUAGACCUCAAUAAGAAGAUUCUAAUUGGAGCAAAGAAUGAGGUUUAAAUUCUAGAAAUUAGGAAUUAAGAGAUGAACCCAGUUUGGCCUUAAUCACUGCAAUAUUUAUGGAGAGGUUUCCUGCUCUGGUACAGUUUUCCAUUUUACAGACGUGCUGCCUGCAUGUUUAAACACCUCAGUGUUGCUGUUUGAGGACUUCCUGACAUGCCAUGUAUGUCGGGGUCCAUCAGAGGAGCUGUGUUUUUGUUACUGAAUUUCUUAGGAAAGUGUAUAUAUUUUUUUUGUUGGUUAUUUUUUAGCAGCAGCACAGCCACCGUUUCAUUUACACAAUGCAAAGCAACAGCACUUUGGUCCACCUUAAAAAGGCAGCCAUGUUGGACUUUUAAAAGAGCUUAUGUAAAAUGUACAUAAUGUAUGUUGUCUAUUUUCCUCUUUUAACUGAGAUUCUUGUUUUAUUGAGUUUCUGAAAUGCAAAAAAACGUCCCCUGCAAACUGAAGCACUUUUAUAGCUCCUUCAGCGUGAGACAGGAUGGCUCUGAGAGACUUUUAUUUUUAAUGGAUUUGCACUGAAAAUGAAGAAGAGGAAGGAGAGGAAACUUUGAUCACCAGCCAACUUCCACCUCCUGACUGGUUACUUUGAAACGUGGCUCGGAUGGCAGCCGUAAAAAAAAAAAAGCCAUAGCCAAACGUGAGCUGAUAGCUGAAGGUUUCUCUUUUUAUUUUUUCCUUUCUCCGACUCCUAGUCCAAAGGACAGUGAGUUGAAUCUGAGACUGAAGCAUGGAGGCUUUUGGACUCUCAGUGAACUGAAAAAACGAUCAUGGAAAAUGUCUCACUGCAGCUGAAGAAACUGAAACUCCAGCAUUCUCACAAAGUGCUUGUUAAAUUUGUUUUGCACUAAAUUUAGGUUGUUUUCACAUAAAGCUAGAAAUGUUUUUUUUCCCUUGCUGUAAGUUAUAAGUGUCAUACAGGCUUUACUAUUGAUAUUAAGUUUUCAAAAAAAAAAAAAAAAAGAUGCUUAUUUUGGAUAACUGACAGAAACAAAAGGCGUUGGAUUAUAAAAAUCCAUUAUUUUGGCUUUUUAAAAAGGUUUAUUUUCCAUUGACUGUGUUUUAAAUCACGGUAUUUUACACAUUUAACUUAAGUCUAAUUGCUUUUAAAUUUCUGGCAUUUAAUGGCCUGACAUUAACAUAAAGCAUUUGAGUGUUGAUCAUU